AUGAUGCAAAAACGUGGGAUGCCUGAAUGGGAAAAGGUAUCACGCAAUACUAUUAAAAAAGAUUGCAUGCAAGUUUAUGAAGCAGAAAAGAAGAAAUUAAAGGCAUUGUUGAAGACUGUCAGCAAGAUUAGUUUGACAACAGAUUUAUGGAAAUCAAGUAAUCAAAAGAUUGAGUACAUGGUUCUUACAGCACACUUUGUAGAUUCUAAUUGGAGAUUGCAAAAGCGUGUUAUUAGUUUUGUUCACAUACCUCCUCCUCGUCGCGGUGUUGAGAUUGCUGAUUGUAUUUUUAAGUGUCUAAAGGAAUGGGGAAUUGAAAACAAGGUGUUUACACUUUCUGUGGACAAUGCUUCAAGCAAUGAUGUGGCGAUUAGAAUUCUUAAAGACACUUUUUCAAGAAAUAGGAUGUUGCUUUGUGGAGGAAAAUUAUUUCAUGUUCGGUGUUGUGCACAUAUCUUAAAUCUCAUGGUUCAAGAUGGCCUUUCUGAGAUUAAGAAUGUGAUUGGUGAUGUUCAUGAAAGUGUCAGUUUUAUUAAUCAAAAUGAGGCAAGACUUAACUCAUUUUCUGAUAUAGUACAGCAGUUACAGUUACCUGAUAGGAAACUCAUUCUCGAUUGUAAAACACGUUGGAAUUCGACAUUCGAGAUGUUGUCGAUUGCAAUCAAAUUCAAAGAAGUGUUUUCGAGACUCAAAGAGCGAGAAUCUCAUUAUGAAUGUUGUCCAAGUCAUGAAGAUUGGGAAAAGGUGGAGAAAGUUUGUGAGAUUUUAGAAGUUUUUAAUUCAGCCACUAAAAUCAUCUCUGGAAGUGAUUAUCCAACUUCAAACCUGUUUCUGAAUGAAGUUUAUCGUGUGAAAGUGUUGUUGGAUAAAAGGAUGAAUGAUGAAAAUGAAUUUGUUCAAGCAAUGGUUCGUAAGAUGAAGAGUAAAUUUGAUAAAUAUUGGGGAGAAUGUAAUUUGUUGAUGUCUAUAGCAGCAAUCUUGGAUCCAAGGUGCAAAAUGAGGGUGAUUGAGUUUUGCUUUCCUCGAAUGUACCCUGAUAGAGAAGCAAAAGAAAAUAUUGCUAAAGUUCGAGAUGCCCUUUAUGAGAUUUAUGAUGAAUAUGCUCGUGAGUAUCAAUUUGGCAAUGAGCAUAGUGCUGAAACUCAAGUACAUGAUAAUGGUAUUAGUGGUAUGAAUAUAGAAGCUUCUUCUUCUGGUUGGUUUGAAUUUGCAAAUUAUGUAAAAUCAGUUGAAACUGCUCAACCACAACAGUCUGAUUUAGAUGUCUACCUAGCUGAGGGCUGUUUUAUCUGUGAAGGAGAUUCCACUAAGUUUCAUGCUUUGGAAUGGUGGAAAGCGAGCACUUUGAAGUAUCGUAUUUUAUCCAAGAUGGCUCGGGAUAUACUUGCUAUUCCUAUCACUACAGUGGCUUCAGAAGCUACCUUUAGUGCAGGAGGUAGAGUUAUUGAUACUUAUCGUGCUUCUUUAUCUCCUGACACAGUGCAAGCAUUACUUUGUGGAGGAGAUUGGUGUCGGAAUCUUCAUGGAGUGAAGAAGAAGAACAAAAAAGAGAAGAAAUCAAUUGAGAUUGCACUCAAAAUUCCCUAA